GCCCCAGCAUCCAGCGCUGCCCCGGCGUGGGCCGAGCUGCAGCCUGGGCGUCAUGGCCGCGUGGAGACGGCCCCAGGCUGGGGAUCUGCUGGCCGAGGCCCGGAGAGCUUUCCGGGAGGAGUUCGGGGCCGAGCCCGAGCUGGCCGUGUCGGCGCCGGGCCGCGUCAACCUCAUCGGGGAGCACACGGACUACAACCAGGGCCUGGUGCUGCCCAUGGCGCUGGACCUUGUGACUGUGCUCGUGGGCAGCCCCCGGGCCGAUGGACUGGUCUCCCUCCUCACCACGUCUGAGGAUGCUGACGAGCCCCGACGGCUGCAGUUCCCACUGCCCACAGCCCAGCGGUCGCUGGAGCCUGGGACCCCCCACUGGGCCAACUAUGUCAAGGGAGUGAUUCAGCAUUACCCAGCUGGCCCCCUCCCUGGCUUCAGCGCAGUGGUGGUCAGCUCAGUGCCCCUGGGGGGUGGGCUCUCCAGCUCAGCAUCUCUGGAAGUGGCCACAUACACCUUCCUGCAGCAGCUCUGCCCAGACUCAGGGGCAGUAACUGCCCGGGCGCAGGUGUGUCAGAGGGCCGAGCACAGCUUUGCAGGGGUUCCCUGUGGCAUCAUGGACCAGCUCAUCGCACUGCUGGCGCAGAAAGGCCAUGCGCUGCUCAUUGACUGCAGAUCCCUGGAGACUAGCCUGGUGCCACUUUUGGACCCCAAGCUGGCCGUGCUCAUCACCAACUCCAAUGUCCGCCACUCACUGGGCUCCAGUGAGUAUCCACUGCGGCGGCGCCAGUGUGAAGAAGUGGCCCGAGCACUGGGCAAGGACAGCCUUCGGGAGGUGCAGCUGGAGGAGCUGGAGGCUGGCAGAGAGCUGGUGAGCAAGGAGGGCUUCCAGCGAGCACGGCACGUCGUGGGUGAGAUCCGGCGCACGGCCCAGGCAGCGGCCGCCCUGAACCGGGGUGACUACAAAGCCUUUGGCCGCCUCAUGGUAGAGAGUCACAACUCGCUUAGGGAUGACUAUGAGGUGAGCUGUCCGGAGCUGGACCAGCUGGUGCAGGCCGCGCUCUCUGUGCCUGGGGUUUAUGGCAGCCGCAUGACAGGUGGUGGCUUUGGUGGCUGCACUGUGACCCUGCUGGAGGCCUCUGCCACUGCCCAGGCCAUGCAGCAUAUACAGGAGCAGUACAACGGCACUGCCACCUUCUACCUGUCCCAGGCGGCUGAUGGCGCCAAGGUGCUGCACUGGUGAGGCACUCCCCUGGGACGCACACAGCCGGCACAGAGCUCCGUGUUCUGCUGCCUGCUGUCUGCAUCUGGGUGCUCAGUAAACUUGUGCCUCCAGCCGUUACACCUGCCUGCCUCUAGGGGUGUGUGUGCUCGGGCACCACAGAAGGGUAGGUGUCAGAGCUGCUCCCCUGCUCUGGACAGGCCCUGGAAGAUCAGCAGGGCCACAAGGCAGGGCCAAGUGGCACCAAAAUCUUUUAUUAAAGGCAGAACAAAGCUGG